CAUUCACCUCUUCCCAACUCUUGGCUCAGCUUAAGCUCAUGCUGCAUUUACAAUCGUUCCCAGUAGACAUCUUUACAUCUUCUCCUUCUUUCCUCGACCGGACAUAGACCAUCAAUUGCUUUCUCAUAUCGCGACAGCUGAUCAAGACGGGCAAUGUUCUCCAAGCUGCAGAGCAAGAUCAGCGGACUCUCUGUGAGCGGGGGAUCUUCUGAUGCGAAGAAUGACGAGGCUGGGAAGCUACCCGCUCUAGAUGCCAAGGUGGAGGAGGCGUUGAGGAAAGCGGGAGUACCGCUGAUUAGCUGUCAAGCUUGCCCCGCACCUUGUGAUCCUUCCCACCCAGAAGCAGACCCUUCUGAAAUCUUCGACGCAAAACUCCUCUCUGCCUGGUCUAAACAAGAAAUCGACUUUGACUCACCCAUGUUCCCCUCCAAUGGACCCUUUUUGCGGCAUGUCCUGGUCAGCACAGGCAAGCGGGACUGGCCGCAUGAUAUUGCCUCGGUGAAGGGGACUCUGGCUGAGCUGUAUAGCAAGUGGGCGGAGGAAGAGCCGAAGACCUUGGCAAGAAAUAGCGCCAUGAAUGGGAAUGGGAAUGGGAAUGGGAGUGAGGCAGAGGCAGAAGCAGGUCCAACGUUGCCUGCGGGGUGCUGGAGGACCAGUCCUGGUGCGCCUGACAGGCCUAGCAGACUGCUCAUUGGGAACAGCUCCCAAGUGAGCACCUCGCACCAUUCUCAUGGCCAGUCCGUCAUGCUUCUACCGGACUACGAGGUCCUCUGCGAUGUCCAGGACGCAACGGGCAGUACCGCCUCCUCCUCCUCUGCUGCCGAGACUGCAGCCCGGAACGCGUACGAAGCGUACGUCUCCCCUUCUGCUUCUUCAAACUCUUCCUCUUCUUCCGCCACCUCCAAUUCCCCGACUGCCCUUCGUGCAGCCCGCAAAGAUGGGGUGAGACGCUACGUCCUGCCCUACAAAGCCAUCGUUGUCCUCUGCUCUCACAAGAAGCGCGAUGCCCGCUGCGGGAUCAGCGCACCGCUCCUUGCAGACGUCUUUAGGCGACAUGCAGAAGCUGCUGGGUGGGAAGUGGACGAGAGGGGAGACGAUGUAGGUCAUCAUCCCUCUUCCUCUGCCUCCAGAGAAGACGAUGAGGAGAGCAGCCUUCAGUGGAGCGAAGAAGGGAUAGUGACAAACCGCGGGUGGGGGUACGUUCACGACUCGCCCUCCCCAACAGGGCUCACUCCGGACGAGCAAUCCCGUCUCUGGCGCAAGACCCUGCACGUCUCUUCUCCCUCCUCUCCCAUCGCCUCAGGCAGCAAUCUUCCCUCUCCGCCUGCCCCCACACUAGGCAUCUUUCAUACCUCCCACAUCGGCAAGCACAAGUAUGCUGGGAACGUCAUGGUCUACCUACCCAACCGGGCUGGCGUGUGGUACGGACGUGUGGACCCCUUGGGUGGUGGAGCGGGCCAGGUGUGGGAGCAGACGAUCCUGCAGGGGAGGGUCAUCCCAGAGUUUCUUAGGCUGGGGAUGAACCUUUGGCGAGGUGGAAAUGGGGGGAGGGAGGAGGAUCCUACCGAGGUGGUCACAGAGCAGGAGAGGGUGUCUGGGUCUACUGGCGAGAUAAAGGCGGCUGCUGGGGAGCAGCCUGGAAUUCUGCGGUGGUGAUCACCUCACCUCACACGGCGGAUCAGCUGCUCCAUUUCAAGCUCUUUAUCCGCCAAAAACAGCAACUAUUCAUAGACUGACAUACUGUACUGUACAAACAAAUCAUAUUGAUGUCCCUU